AUGGCACAGGCCGCGGCAGACUUCUCGCGGCCCGGGCCAUGCGCGCCACAGAGCUGGCAGCCAGACUUCCCUGUGCCCAGCGACCUGCAGGCAGUGCAGCUGCCGGCCAAGCUGCGCCUGAACGUCACCAUGCCCGACUGCCCGGCGACAGCAGAGCAGGCCUUCGGCCCCGCUCCCUCCCCCGUGCUCUUCUUUUUCAAUGGGUUCAUGAACCGUGCUGGCUGGUACCACCGUCUCAUGCAGCGGGCGGCAAGCUGGGGGCUGGUGACGGUGCAGUAUGACACUCCCUUCUUCCCCCUGCUCACUGUGGCGGCCGAGGUGCAGCUGUUCCCAUACCUGCUACAGUGGGUGGCUGACCAGGGCGACGACCCCGCUAGCCCGCUGUACGGCCGGGCAGACAUGGCCAGCGUGGCUGUCGGCGGGCACAGCCGCGGCGGCAAGCUGGCCACCCUGGCCUUCACAGGCAACCCGCAGCUGGUGCAGGCCGCCUACCUUGUUGACCCUGUGGACGUGACCAGGUGGUCCCCGGAGAGCGCGGACAACCCGUCAGCGGUGCGGGCGCUGGCGGCCAGCGGCCUGGCAGUGGGCAUGACUGCCGCAGGAGUCAUCUCCAGCUGCAACCCCGCAGACGCCGGCUACCAGCCCAUGUAUGCGGCGGCGGGCAACGGCAGCUGGCUGGGCAUCAUUCCAGAGGCCAGCCACAGCCAGUUCAUCGAUGCCGGCUGCGUGGGCAAUGCCGCGGCCGACCUGCUGUGCGGCAAGGGCUCCGACAGCCGGCGCCAGGUGGCAGAGCUGACUGCCACCCCCAUGCUAGCUUGGCUGUGGGACCAGCUGGUGGGGCAGCAGCAGCAGCAGGCAGAUGCCGCCAACGGCACUUCCGCAGGCUCGCCGCUCCCCUCCUUCUUUUCCUGGGUACUGCGGCAGCAGCAGGCAGGCAUGCUCGAAUUUCAGGUCAAGAGAGAGGAGGCGGAUGGGCUGUGGGCUGAUGCAGCAGGUCAGGCGCCCGACGAGACACCUGUCGACGCAGCAGAGGGGAUGGUGGAGAGCGCCGCGGAAGAGGAGGAGUGCGCUCCCGAGCCUGAACUGGCCGCGUUUGCAAGGGCGUUGGAUUGA